UAUUAAAGAUAAAGUCGUUAAGUAGCAGAUGAUAACGGCUGUUUAAAUGUCAAACAAACAAAGUCAUAGGCGUAAUAUAUCAAUAAUAUUGUCACUAUAUCACUAUUGAAAGGAGUAACACAUUGACAGCUUUGUGCCUUGGGAAUAAUAUUUAAAAUAUUAAACUUAUCUAUAAUGGGCGUUUUGUUUAUUUAUUUAAAUGUUAUAAUUGUUUGUAAGUGAGAUCAAAUGUGUUGGAUUUUAUUGAAUCAAUUAUAAUUUUACUUAUCAAAAAUGCCGAUUCCAACAAGAACAGCACCUAAACCUCCUGGAAAUUCAAUUGAUCAAAGAAAUAAUACAUGGAGUAACAAUGACCCGUUUGGCCCUUUGACAAUACCUCAACCAGUUCAAAAAAAGAAACCACCUCCACGGCCACCACCUCCUCGAAUAAAAAAAGACAACAUUCAAAAUAAUUUUAAUAAACCAAAAAAACCCACUAGACCAACAGAACUUAUUACAAAUUUAUUUGGAAUCCGAGCUGCUAAACAGUCGCAAGUGAAAUCAUUUUAUUCUAAUAAUCGAUCAUCAACUACAAAUGGUCAAUCAAACAAUUUACCAGAUGGAACAGUAUCAUUGAUUGAUUUAAGCCCUCCUGGAUCUCCUACAUUUACCACAAGAUCAAGUAGUGAUGGUGUUAGUAUCGAUAGUUUUGGGAGUGAUGGAAAUUCAAAUCCAUCUGUAUUUACAAAUAGUGGUAAUACAUCACAAAAUGAAAGUGCCUUUGAAGAUGAUUUUGAUUUUUUUGGCAAUUUAGCUAAACGUACUAUUCAAAAUGAUCCGUGGAAACAAAAUACAAAUUUUGAUCCAUUUUCACAAUCAAAAAGUACCACUACAAAUAUGACAAAUGGUAUUAAACAUAUUGGUGAAGCUUCUUUUUUCGCUUAUAACAAUGGCCCAACGCAAUUAUUUACACCAGCAUCGACGACGACCAAUGUCUCAACGAUGCCGACAAUAAUUCGUGCUCGACCUCCAAAACCACCAGCUCCUAAAUUACUUACUACUAGUUUAGCGCCAACUGUUCCAAACUUUAGUGUUUCUUCAAGUGAAAAAAAUCAUAAAAUUGUAAAUAACUCUUGUAAAUUAAAUGAAAGUUCAACAUGGCCUACAAAAUUCAAUGAAACAUUUUCUCAUGGUAAUUCUUCACCACCGAUGCCAUCAAUUCCACCACCAGCACCUCCACCAGAAUAUUUAACACAAAUAGAGUGUCCAACAACACAAAAAACACCAAGACCGCAGGGUAUUGCGUUGUAUGAUUUUGAAGCAACUCAGCCUGGUGAUCUAGCAUUAAAAGAAGGCGAUAUUGUUAUUUUGACGAAGAAAAUUAAUGAUGAAUGGCUGGAAGGUCAAGUGGGCAAUCAUACCGGGAUGUUUCCUGCAAAUUUUAUAGAUAUUACGGUACCAUUGCCAGAACAAUCCCCCAAUAUUGUAAAUGCAUUGUAUACUUUCAAUGGAGAAACAUGGGAAGAUUUAAGUUUUGAGGAAGGUGCAAAGAUUAAAGUUUUAUCAAAAAUAUCAGACGAUUGGCUUUAUGGUGAAUAUCAAGGUAAAAAAGGACAAUUUCCGACGAAUUAUGUCGAUCGGCUGCCUCAAAAUUUACCGAAAUAUAAUUAAUUUUAAUGAAAGCUAAUGUUUAUAAUAACAUUUAACAUGAUUUGAAAUGAAUUAUGUUCUAUAAUUAAUUUUGUAACGUUAAAUCUAAUUUGACAGUUCUUUAUAAUAAGAUAAUUUAUAAUUAGUAAAAUGGUAUGAAUAUAUUUUUGCUAAAAAUUAUAAUGAAACAAUAAUAUCAGUCACUAGCUGUGUUUAAAAUACUUUAGUUUUAUAUUUUUUUUUCUUAUAUGAGUUUUCAAAAUACAAAAAAAAAAAAAAUUAAAUUUUUAAAUAGUAAUUUGAGAUAAAAAUUGUCUGGUCUUUUCACAGUUAAUCCAUUAAUUCAGUGACACUUAUUCAUAUUAUUACUUAAAAAUAUUUUUAUUUCAAUAUAGUAACAAUUCAGUUAUAAUUUCAUAGAUCUACACAAAAUGUAUGUGCAUUCAAUUGAACAUAUUAUUAGAUAUUUAAAAAUUUUUUUCAUUUAAAUAUGACAACUAUUAUAUAAACAUUUACGCUUACGUCAAGUUCGCCACUGUACGGAUGUACUCAAUACAGAAAACAGUAUUUUUCCAAAAAAAUAUCGCCGCUGUAUGUAUGUCGGUACAUGACAUCCAAUAGCGUUACCUGUGUAUUCAAUAUCCUGCAGUAUACAGUAGGGUAAGCUAAAAAAACCGACCUUUUUUUUUUGUUUUCGAGUCUCAUAUGAAAUUUUUUUAGUUUCACAUGUUUUAAGAGGCCUCUCCAAAAAUCAACUUGGUGAACAAUUUUUAAGGGGUCGCUCGAUAAAUUUGGAAAUUCUAAAAAUGAUUAAAAUUCAGAUUUUUUUAAAAAUUUUUUCUUUUUCAUGGCAGAAAUAUUUUCUAUCUGUAAAAUCAAUGCCAUGCUAAAAAUUUUAGCUCAGAAUAUAGAUUUUUAAACGUCACUAAAGAAUUUUGAAUAUUAACUCAUAAUAGGUAAUUAAUACUUUGAAUUAAUUUUUGUAUUUUUUUAUACAUCAAUUAUUAUUAUUUCACUAAAAUACAACUUUUGGAUAACCGAAAAUAUACUGAACAAUCUUAAACAAUAGAAUUGGGUAAGAUUUGAAUAACAAAAAAAGCCUAAAAAUUGAAUAAAAAAAUAAAAAGUAUGUAAAUAACUAAUUUUUUCUAUGUCUCAGGUUCUAUUUUUAUUCGUUAUGAUAUAAAUUGAUAGUAAAAAAAUUGAGAUGAUUUAACAUUCAAGGAUUGCUCGAAAACGUUCAAAGAAAGCACUCGGAAACAUUCAAAAUUCUUGAGCGACGUUUAAUUACUUAAAUUUUGGGCUAAAAUUUUCAGCAUAUUUAUUAUUUUACAGAUAUAAACUAUUGCUGCCAUGAGAAAGAAAAAAAGAAAAUUAAAUCUGAAUUUCAAUCAUUUUUGGAAUUUUCAAAAUUUUCAAUAUUUUUGGAGAGGGUUUUGAAAAUAUGUUAAAUCAACAAAUUUUCAUAUGAGACUUGAAAACAAAAAAAUGUCUGUUUUUUUGGGUCACUAUAGUAUACAGUGUUACCGAUAUAACGAUAAUAUUUCUGAGAGUCGGUUUGGCCCGGAGCAGUGCCUCCUUCAAAUCCAUGUGAUUGUCUGAGGGCAUGGACAUUUGACAAAAUAGAGGCACCGAUCUUUAACACGGCCACGAACAAUUACUUUAGAUAUUCGGCUAAUACUAAAGCAAUUGAUGGGUAAUGUGGACUGAGUGAAGCGUAAAUUAAAAAAAUAAAUUAACGAUAAAUUUUUUUUUCGUGCAUUAUACUCAGAAUAACACUCAGAAUAGUCAAGAGUAUAACUGAUAUAUAUUGUUUAAAAAAUUAUUAAUAUGGAUCAUUAUCAUAUUGAUUAAUUAAAUUAUUAUUGAUGAUUGAAAACUAAGGACCAUUGUAUAUAUAGAAAUGGGAAAAUGUUUUAAACCUAUGGAACAGUCCUAAAACUUCCCACUGUCUAUGAGCUCCAAAUCAUUGAUAGGUAGAGAUAUUUAGUUUUUCGAACUAAAAAAAAAUUGUUUCAAAACUUUUUAUUCACGAUUACUCAUGAAUAAGUUAACAAAUUUAAAUUAAUCUUGCUGUAAUCGAAAUAGUUUAUAUACCACGAUUUGAUACAAUUUCUAAACCAAUGGAUUAGUAGCUUGAUAAUUAUAUAUUCGAUGAAAGAAUAUAUUGCAACAAUUUUUUAUUUUUAUUAACAGGAGUUAUCAGAAAUUUUUGGCUGAAUUUUUCUUGAAAACAAAAUCUCUAAAUAUAACCGACAGGCUGCGUAUAGAUGCACUACUGUCUAAUCUAGCGAAGUGUGCUUGAAUUUUUUUUUUAAACUAUUCGUUUGUUCAAUAGAUAAUACAACAGCAACAAAGAUAAUACCGUUCUCUCAAUUAAGUGUGAGAGAGAAAAAAAGUAAGAACGCCUGUUAAUUUUAUUUACAAAUAUUUUACAAACUAUUCGUACCAUUGAUUUAAAAUUGAUACAAAUCUUUAUAAAUUAUUUUGGUUUCAGAAAAUUAUUAAAUAAAAUUGUAAAAAAAAAAAAAAAUUGUACGAUAUCUCUUGAAAGAGUUAAUAGUUUUAAGUAAAUCGCAAUUAAAAAAGGUAAAGAAGCGUUAGAUUUGAUUAAAUUUUAGAACAUAUCACUCUUUUACUUUGUUCGUUAUUUACAAAAAAAAAAAUUUUGUAUUGAUACAAUGAAAGUAAAAAUUUAUUAAAACACUUGUUAAUAAAUUUACAUUUUUUGAAUAAUUUUAAAAUUUCGAUAAAUUUUUUUAAGAAUCUAAUUAAUUCUAAAACUUGACUAAUUCUUUAAUUAACUCGAAAGCUAUUAAAAUACACUAACGCAAAAAAUUAAAGGAACAGAAAAAUUUUAGAAAUUUUUUAGUGAUUUUUGCACGGCUGUAACUUUGUGAAAAAUAAUCGUAUCGAGAUUUAAAAAAAAAGUAUUUUAUAGCUUGAAAUCUCUUUCUUCGAUGCAUUUUCAUCAAAAUUUUUUUAGAGCUCCCGCUAUUGCGCAAACAUGAGAAAUACCGCGAGACUAAAAAUUUCCAAAUUUUUUUAUUUUUUUUUAAAGAGCCCACGGGCCGUAAAAAUUUUUUUUCAACGAAACCAAUGCAUAGGUCGUUUAGCGUAGAUUGAUUCAUUCAAGAAAUUCGAAAAGAAACGAUUUUUUAAAAUUGAUCUAAAAUCAAUAUUGUUUUUCAUUUUAAAUUUUCACAUGGUGAAGUGAAAAAAGUUAUGAAACAAUAAACAAAGAAUUUGGAGCUUCUUUCGUGUCAUCUUCAAAUAGAUACAAGACACGUACUAGCUAAGCAUAAUUUGUACUAAAAGUAUUAAUUAUUUAGAAGACUAUUUUUUCGUUUAUGUUAUUAUAUUUACAAUAAAUAAACUUGUAAAACUCAACGUUAACAUUGAGAUAUAACAAUAAUUUACUAAAAAAAAUACUUCUCGAUCGAAGAAGUUAAUUUUUUAUUGUUAUUAAGAACAUAUAUUCUUGCCUCGAGAAUCGAUUGAAAUAAUACACGGAAAUAAUUUUUUGAUAAAAAUUAUUCUGUAAUUUCGAGUAAUCCUGGGCCGUUGCAAAAAAUUGGUAUAUUUUGUUUUAAAUUUAAUAUUUUUUGUUUAAAUAUUAACGUUGCUAGACUAUGUAUUACUCUACUACUGAGUUAUUUUUUAAAAGUCUUAUAUUUAAUCGAUUAUUGUGAAUAUCUCAUCUUAAUCUAUUCAUUUUUACUCCAUGCGAUUAAUUUUUACUCCCCAAUAUACCAUUCUUUUAAACCCAUUAACUGUUUGAUGAAAAACUGCUUAUAACUCGAAUAAAUUUUCUUAUCUAUGGGAGUAAUUUUUACUCUAAACUGCAAAGUAAUAUUUCAGUAGUCUCCGUUGAUCUUCGGUUAAUAUCGGCUUCAAUUAAAUGUCUUUUAUUUUGCUCGCGACAACUUACAUGUUACGCACACAAACGUAGGCUUGGAAAAAAAGACGAUCUCUGUAUCUCUCUAUAACUUAAUAUUUAAUUUAAAAUUAAAAAAAAAUUUGUAUCUUUUCUUUUUCAACACAAUAAGAGUAAUUUUUUUUUUAUUAUUUUUCAAAAUAUUUAUUUUAAGUCAUAUUCUAAGGCAAUUAGAUGGUUUUUAGAUUUUUUAUGGAAAUUUCAGCCUAUUAAUUGUAAUUUUUAUUGUAAUUCAAUAUAAAUUUUAUAAAUUGGAUCAUCAACUUUUUAUCAUAACCUACGAGUAAAAAUUGAAUUAGGAGAAUUUAUUUAGAUAGCCGCUAGGUGUAAUUUUUACUCGUAAUUGUGAGUUAAAAUUAAUCUGAUUGAUUUUUACUCACUGAAAGAGUAAAAUUUUGUAAUUCGAAAGUAAAAAGUCGUAAUGGCCCAAGAUUACUCGAUUCAGAAUAAUUUUUAGAAAAAAUAACAUGGCAAUAUUCAUACGAAAAUUCUUUCCGUGUACCUUAAAUUUAAAAGUAAUUUAACUUAGUUCAUUCAUUGAUAUAUCAGAAGCUGUGAAAAAUGAGCAUAAGUUUUCUCAUUUCCAGAAAUUGUUUUUGCACAAAAUAUAUUUUCAAUCAAAACAAUGAAUUUUCGAGUCAAGAAAAUCUGUUUUGAGCAAAAACGUUUGUUUUCAUCGGGUUAAUCGUUUAAAUAGUGUUAAAAAAUACGCAAUUUUUUUAGUAAUGUAAACGUUUAUCUAUAAAUAUUAUUUUAUUCUUUAGUAUAUUAUUUUAUAAAUUAUCAGAAAUUGCAUUCUGCUGGAAAUUGUGUAAAUACAUUUUUUUAUGUCUUUUAUUGUAUUAACAAUUAAAUUAAAAAAAUAACUCGAGUGGGUAUUCCUUUUCCGCCGACAAAAUUAUCACUAUGCUUUUAUUUUUUACGGGCAUAAAAUGAUCUAACGAAUUUGGUCUUUUUACAAUAUUUUUAUUGAUUUAUUAUAGAUAAUAAAAUUUUUUUUUUUUCAUUUUUCAAUUUGAUUGAAAAUACGAAAAUUUUUUAUCUUUAAGACAUGUUCCGCUAUAACCUGGAUUAAAAUAUUUUAAUAUAACAAAAAAAAAAAAAAAAAAUCUGUCUAUUGGUUGACCCUGCGGGUCAGCCCCAAAACUUCCCGCUGUUUUCGAGCUUCAUGAGCUCAAAGAGCUAGAAAACAUUGUUGUGAAUACAUUUUCGAGAAUUCUUUUGUAUACCAUUGUUUUCGAAAAAACCGUUUUUUAGCAUUUCUUUCUCCCACGAUAUCUCACGAAUGAUCCGAUUGAGAUGGUUGAGGCGGUAAUUGACGUAUUCUAUCGAGUCCCAGAGCUGAUAAGAUUUUGGAAUUUUUUAGUUCAGUUGUUUCAAAGAUAAUCGCAAAAAAUCGUUUUUCACCAUUUCUUUCUCCCGCGAUAACUCUCGAGCGAAUUAUCCAAUUGAGAUGGCUAAGGCGUCAAUCGACGCGUUUUAUUGAGUUCUAGAGCUGAUAAGAUUUUGAAGUUGAUCGUAUAAGUCGUUUCUGAGAAAUCAAUAGAAAACUAAAAAAAAAACAUUUAUUUUUCGUGAUUCGCCAAUAUUUUCGAGUCUACUUGAUCAAAUGAUCUUAAAUUUUCAGAAAAGUUGAUGGCCAACAAGGUCUUUCGAUUGCCGCCUUAACCAUCCACACAUAUAGACAGACACUCGGACAUAAUUCUGAAAAUAGUCAGAAUAGCUUCCUAGGACUUCCAAACGUCGACAUCUGAUGAAAUUUCGAUUUUCGCAAAUCGUGGUGCAAACAAUAACUUCCCGAAUUUUUCGAAAAUCGUCGAUUUUCUUAGCGGGAAGUUAAAAAUAAUAAUAAUGAAUAAUCUUUAGAUAAUAAAGUGAUUAUUUGAAAAAAAAAAAAAAAAAAAAUUAAAUUUUUUUGAGACCAAUGUUUUUUACUCGAAAAAAUAAUCGAAGUUUUCGGUUUAUUUAAAAUGUCUUAGUUCGGGCUGUAGUCGUAUUUCUUAUGGAUAAAAUAAGCUCUUAUAGAUCAAAAUUGCUCGAUUGGUUCUUACAAUUCUAACUGCGCCAUCAUAAAAAGGGUAGUUUUGAGUAAACGCGUUUAAAGAUGUCACCAAAUCAUAUAUUAAACGGCAGCUUUAAACAUCUAUUAACUUCUGAAAUAUUUAGAAAUUACUACGGUCACUACAAAUUCUUUUACGUAAGGUAAAAGAUCUAAUACCCGAUCAGGGGCUAGUACUAGAUCACUCCAUUUAUUCGUAUAUCUAUAUUUAUAGACAUUAGAAUGAUUCAAAAAAACCGACUAUUUUUUUUUUCUUCAUUGUAUCGAAAAUGUUGUUGGAAAUGACGAAAAAAAAUACUGUUAAAGUUUGAGCUAUAAUAUUCUUAAUAUUAAUAUUAAGAGCUGCCGCAUCGCAAUUUUCUAUUUCUCGUUUAAAUAACAUGGGAAAAUUUAUUUUUUAAGCUUUGGAAUUUUGUAGCUCACCGUGGGACCAAUACUUUUGAAUGUUCAAGACAUGUUCCUAUGGGAAAUUUGACGCUCUAUAAAAAAGGUCUCUUAUAAUUUUUCGAUAUUGUUAUUUCUUUAAAAGUUAUUCGAAGUUAAAGUUAGAUUGACGAUAAAUUUUUACAUUUUUUACAUUUUUUGACGCAACCAUCAACUUUAUCGGAAAAUUUUAUAGGACAUUUUUUGUAGAGCAUUUUAUUUCCUAUAACUUAUCUUGAAGAAAAUUUUUGAUAUUACUCACAAAUUGUAAGUUAUUUGCAAUUAACUGAAAAUUUUCUCAAAUAAUCUAAAUUUUGUUGCUUUAAAUUAAUUAUAUUAAAUUAUCGCUAAUUGAGUUUUUUAAAUUAAUUCAACAUAUCAGACUUGGUCAGACAUAAACAGGCAUGCUCAUACAUGAACAGGCAAGGUCAUGUAUGAACAUUUUUUUCCUGGGUAUACAAAUACUUAUUUUUAUAAAAUUACACAAUAAUCGCUAAAUAAAAAAAAAAAAAAAAUUAUUUUUCGUCGGCGAAAAAGGAAUGACUCUUUGAAAGUAUUUAAUAUUACUUUCGUCAUCUAAAUUUAAUGGAAAGAAAUUCCGUAUAAAUAUUAUUUAAGUUCAAUAAUUUAUUAUUAAAAAUUAACAUGGUAUUAUGAAUAUUAUUAUUAAAUGAAUAAUCAAUUUAAAUUCAUGGAAGGUACGUACGGAAAGAGAGACCCGUACAAAAAACGAUAGAUCCACCAUAGAUAUAUGACAGCUUUCUGAUAGAUCUGUGGUAUCAUUACUACAGAUCUUUAGCAAAUCUACUAUAGAUCUAUGAUAGCUUUCUGAUGGAUCGGUGAUAAAUUUACCACAGAUCUAACAGAAAGCAAUCACAGAUCUAUGGUAGAUUUGCUAAAGAUCUGUGGUGAUCAUACCACAGAUCUGUCAGAAUGCUGUAACAGACCUACUGUGAAUCUACUAAAGGCCGCUGGUUAAUAUACCUCAUAUCUAUCAAAAAGCUAUCAUAGAUCUAUGAUCGAUUUUCUGAAGAUCGAUGGUGAUCGUACCACAGAUCCACCAUAGAUCUAUGGUGGAUCUACUGAAGAUUGUUGGAGUAUACCACGAAUCUAUCAGAUAGCUAUCAUAGAUCUAUGGUAAAUUUGUUAAAGAUCUGGGGUGAUCAUACCACAGUCCUAUCAGAAAGCUAUCAUAGAUAUAUAGUAGAUUUGCUAAAGAUCUGUAGUAAUGAUACCACAGAUCUAUCAGAAAGCUGUCAUAUAUCUAUGGUGGAUCUGGUAGAAAUUAGUCAUAAACAUCAAUCGUCAUAUUCUUUUCGGGGAGCCAAUAAUCCUAAGCACGUAAAAAAAAAUAUUUGUUUUUGGUCAGACAAUGAUUUUUUAUUUAAAAAUCUAGAAACACUGAUCUCACUCAUGUUGUCGCUGUUAUGAUUUCUCAGAUCGGGCGUCUAAAAAAAUUUUACAACGAAAAAAAAUUUGUCUAGAUGUAAAUUGGCUGAUUCGACAAAGCAAAAUUUUAUACGCCCUUAUGCCUUUAGAACUGAUCCAUCAGAAAGCUGUAUCAGAUUUGCGGUUGAUUUAUGUAUCUAUAAAACAGGUCAAUUAUGGGAUCGUUAUUUGAAAUAACCUAUUUUUUUAUGAAAAUUCACCAAAAUAUUUCAUUCCAGUUAAUUUAUACUAUCAUCAUCCUAUCAGUUUAUUAAAAAUAAAAAAAUACAGUUGUCUCCCCAGAGAAGCUGAUCAUAGACCUCUCAUAUAGAUCUAUCACAGAUCGAUGGUAGACUUUCUCGUUGAUCUCGGAUAGAUCUACAACCAAUCUAUCGAAGAUCUAUCAUUUUUUGUACGGGGAGGUAUCUCUCAAUAAACCAACAUUUAAACAAAUAUUACAAUAAGAAAAUGAUCGAAUAUUAUUCAUAUCCUCAUAUUGAAAAAAGAAAAAAAAACAAUGUUAAAAUAAAAAAUUAUUCAGUGUAAAUCAAUAAAAUUUAUUGUUACCUAAAUUUAUGUUCUUGUUGAAUAUUCAGUGACAUAAUAUUAAUAAUGACAAAAUUUGAUAUUAUUAUUGCAUUAUUAAUUAUUUUAAAUACAAAAUUGUUUGCUAUUUAAUAGAAAAAUCAAAUUUUCUUUUAUUUGUAGGAUUGUGAUAUAAAAUAGUCACAUAUUUUUGAUUAUACAUAUAUUGAUUGUGUGACUCAUAAUCUAUGAUUCAUCAUAUUCUAAGAUUAAAAAUAUUUAUACCUAACUGAUAUUGUUACACUUAUGUAUUGACAUACAAUGUGAUAUUUCAUUAAUAUAAAUCGACUGAACAAUAA